AUUCAUUAUGUCAACAAGAAUUAUUUUGUCCUAUCCAAUUAUGCAAGUUUAUUAUUAUUUAUAACUUCAAUUGAAACUUAAUAAAAUGAAAUUAAAUUUGAUAAAGAAGAUCCAUUUAUACAAUUUAUAUUCAGGAGGGAGUUAUUGAAAGAAGCUAAGUGAACGACAACAGGUCUUAUCUGGAUUAUCUUCUGCAUAUGGCAAAUCAGAUAUCACUGUUUACAUUCAAAUACUGAUAGUCUGCACUUUAUUUCUGCAAUAUAAAACAAACAUGCCUAUUCCACCAAUAACAACCGUCUUGGAAACUGAAACAGAAUGUCGCAGCAUAACAGACAGUGUUGGAUCACAUUCUGAUAUAUCUGGGACUACAGUACACACUGGCAGCACAAUGACCAAGAGCCAGAUGGAUGUUGUUUGUGUUAUAGAUAUUAUCCAAAAUGAAAAUAUCUUACAAAGAAAAAAGGCAUUGGAGGAAAUUAAACAAGCUUGUCUUCAAGUAGGGGCUAAUUUUAAUCAUCUCCAGUUUGAAAAACUAGAUUUUGGAGAAGCUAAUGUUGUGAGCAGCUUUUAUAAUGCGGAUGUUGUUAUCAUUGACUUAUCUUUCCCAGCACAACAAAGUACCCUAUUUUACCAUCUUGGGGUACGAGAAAGUUUCAAUAUGAAACAGAAUAUUUUGGUAUAUAAUGACAUUGAUCCUGAUGUUACCUUAAAAUUAAAGUUAUCUUGUAGUAGUUACUCAUUUAUCUCAUAUAAAUUAUCCGAGAAUUCGUGCCUUACUACUUGCCCUAGUGGUCGAGUGGAUGAACCUAUUGAUUUUCUGCAUCAGAAAUUGAAAAAGUUGUUACAAGAUGUAGAAGUACAAACAAAAGCCCACAUGAAAGAAAAAUUUCUUUCUGACUUGAAGAAGCUGAAAGAACAAAAAAAUGGAGAGGAAUUAAAUGAAGCGCUUCUAUUAAUGAGGAAACGUCUUGAUGAUCCCAAUGUUCUUUCUGGAGAAGUCAUAUUAAACAUGUUAUUUUGUUUUCGUGAUAUUCAAGAAUAUGACGCGAUGAUACACUUAGUUGAAGACCUCAGGAAAGUUCCUACAGCUAGAAAGUACCUGAAUUCAUAUAUUAUGUUUCUCUAUGCUUUUGCCUUAAAUAGAAGGAAAAAGGACGGUGAUCGAAAGAACGCUCUUGCGGUCUGUGAAGAGUCUCUUAAAAGUAAAGAAAAUCACUUUCCGGAUAUGCUAUGCCUAUGUGGAAGGAUUUACAAGGAUAUGUUUACAGAAUCUGAUCAUAAAGACACAAAAAGCUUAGACGCUGCGAUAUAUUGGUACAGGAAAGGUUUCGAAGUUCAACCAAAUGAAUAUGCAGGCAUUAAUCUAGCAACACUCUUAGUCAUUAAAGGUGCGGAAAUAGGCAAAUCGGAUGAAUUGCAGCACAUAGGCAUGAUAUUAAAUAAUCUGAUUGGUAAAAAGGGCAGCUUAGCUUCGUUGAUCGACUACUGGGAUGUUGCCACUUUUUUCGAAAUAUCCGUUCUUUUCCAACAUUACAGCAAUGCAACUCAAGCAGCUGCUUGCAUGUUUAAGUUAAAACCUCCAAACUGGUAUCUCAAGUCUACUGUUGGAAACAUACAGCUCAUAGAUAAAUUUCGUAAAAAAUCUGAUGAGGCAGUUAGCCCAGAAGAACAAAUAUUCCACUUCUGGAUGGAAUUUUUUCUGGAAGCGACGAAAGAAGAACAAGAAGAAGCGUUCAGAUUCCCAGCUUUAAUUUUGGAGCCCAGUAAGGAAUUGAUGCCUAGUUAUGUGUGUAUUAAUUUAGGAGGAGACCCUCAAACUCUACAGGUAAAUAACCUUUGCGACCGCAGUUUGAGAGGAGAAUGCAAACAAAUACACGACUGGGAAUUUACAGAAAAUCAAAUUAGAAGUGUUAGCUUUUAUAAAAGAGAUGAAAGAUGCCUGUUUCUCUAUGUCCAUCACAACUCGGAUGAUUUUCAAAUAUUUUUCCCUUCAGAGUCAUGUCGAGAAUGUUUUUAUAAACUUAUCCUCGAACUGACCAAUCAUCAAGAGGGUCUGGUAGAAUCGGAACCACCUCGAGAUAUUAAAUAUGAAUACGAAAGGGAUGAAAUAGGUAAAAAACUCCUUUUAGGAAAAGGAACAUAUGGAGUAGUAUAUGCUGCUCGGGAUCUCAAUACACAAGUACGUAUCGCAGUUAAAGAAGUACCUGAAAAAAAUUUAGGGGCUGUACAACCUCUACAUGAAGAAAUUCGUCUUCAUUCCCAGUUACGUCACAGAAAUAUUGUACAGUAUUUGGGUUCACUGUCCGAGGAUAAUUAUUUUAAGAUUUUUAUGGAACAAGUACCUGGAGGUUCACUUAGUGCCUUAUUAAGAUCAAAAUGGGGUCCUUUAAAAUCCAAUGAGCAUACUAUGGCCUACUAUACGAAACAAAUAUUGGAAGGAUUGAAGUAUCUGCACGAUCAGAAAAUUGUUCAUAGAGAUAUAAAAGGUGAUAACGUUUUAGUCAACACAUAUAGUGGUGUAGUAAAAAUUUCCGAUUUUGGAACUUCAAAAAGACUUGCAGGACUUUGUCCCAGUACAGAAACAUUUACUGGUACUCUUCAGUACAUGGCACCAGAAGUAAUCGACAAAGGACAAAGAGGAUAUGGUGCUCCCGCCGACAUAUGGUCCUUGGGUUGUACGGUAGUUGAAAUGGCUACAGGGAAACCUCCAUUUAUUGAAUUAGGAUCUCCCCAGGCUGCAGUUUUUAAAGUGGGUUACUACAAGGCACAUCCAGAAGUACCUGAAGAACUUUCAGAACGAGCCAGAUCAUUUAUAAAGAGAUGUUUCGAACCUGACCCGGAGAAAAGAGCCACAGCUGCACAUUUACUAGAGGAUCCAUUUUUAGGACCCGAAAGGAGACAAAAGACUGUUCGGUUAAACACCGAAUUUAACCGAAGCGUUUCUGUACCUGCGGAAAAGAAAUCCACAAGGCAAACAGGUCACAAUAGUGCUCCUAAUCAGACACCAGUAAGCCCAGAGACUGAUUCUCAUCAGAGUCGAGCUUCUUUACUACCACCUAUUCAAAUGCCUACCGCCCUUACUUUUAACAGUUUGGCCUCCACGCCAUCCUUGGAUUGCGAAAGCGAGAAUCCAAACACGGAACGAAGGAAUUCAUCUGGCACUUUAUUAUCACCUGAGGUUGAUACCGGUACCGAAACAGAUGGAUUUUACCUGCUGAAGAAAGACUCACAACGACGAACAACGCUUGCUAAAGUUCUUGCCAACGAUGGUGUGAAGAUAUGCGAAGUAUGGAUGCAAAAAGUUAGGGAAAAGUAUUUAGGGGAGACGGUACUGACAGAAAAGCAUCUGUUAAGGUUAAUGGAUGGCUUGAAGGCUUACCUCACGGAACAGUCAAUGACCGUUGUGGAGAACACUGUGAGACAGUUAAAGGAAGAACUGGACUUCGAUUCUGCAGCCAUAAAUCAACUACAAUUUGCCAUAUAUCUAUAUCAGGAAUCCGUGAACGAAGUUCUUCGUCUUCAUCCAAUUAAGCCACAUUGGAUGUUCGCAUUGGACAAUCUGGUGCGUUCAUGUAUCCAAGCCGCCAUUACUGUUUUAACGCCCGAGUUAAGUGAACACAUCGCCAAUCAUAGUUCUCCAAGUACAGUUAAUUCGAGUAAAAGCAGUAAAACAAAUGAGGGGUAUGAUGUAAGGGAUUCUAAUUUACAAUUGAGAAAUGAAAAUUCGAGAUUGUGGCAGGACCUGCUUGAAUGUCAGAGGCAAUAUCAGGGACUGUUGAAGCAGUUGAUAGAAACCCACCGUCAAGAAAUAGCCCUUCGCCAGUUAUGUUGUCACAGGUGUUGCUGUCAAUCACGUAAUAAUAACAAUAAUGAUCUCCAGGAAAUAGUUGAAGAAGACCAACGUCUCGCCAAUUGGUUAGAAGGUUUAGGAAUUCAUGAAUCUGCAAAAAGAAUCUUCGUCUCUGAAGGCUACACGCUUGAAGAGGUAUUAUAUCACAUAAGUCGAGAGGAUCUGGAAAAAGUAGGAUUAAAAGGUUCAACCUCUCUUCGAAUUUGGAGGGGUAUUGAACAACAUCGACAUGGAAACGAAGUAAUCAUUUGCAACGGUGUAACAAUUGAUGAAAGCGGAACAGUAUGAGACUGUUUUCGUCUAACAAAAAGUUUAUAAUUGUUUCAUUGAAUUAAUAAUUUAAAAUUAAUUUGUUUUUAAUGCAAACGCGAUUUGUUUUAUUUUUACGUUUAUUUCCAUAUCUUGCCUAAUCGAAAAAUCUAUUAUUGUUUUUAAUGAAACGAUUAUAAACACGGGAUAAUGUGAAAGUUUGGCUAAAAAUUGAAUAUUUCUUUAACAAUGUCUUCUAAUUCAAGGCUUCCGUACUUAUUAAAUUAAAAAUUUAUAUAUUUUUUAUAUAGAUAUGUUGCAAAAAUAUUACGUUUGAAAUUUAUUUCUUUGUUAACGUAAUAAGAAAUUCGGAUUUGAUUUUUUUGUUUUAAUUCGGUUUGUUGUUGGUUUUUAAAUUAGUUAUGAACUAAUUUACGUUUGUGUUAAUUAGGAGUACUAAAAUCAUGUUAGUAGUCUUCCAAAUAUUAUUAAGGUAUUUAAAAAAUCGAAAAAUAUUUCAUUUUUUACAACGGCUAAUAUUUCCAAACAAUUUUGGAAGUUUAUAAUAUUAGUAUAUUUUGAAUUGUUUGCUGGAGUAACACAAUUUGAUAUUAGUUUGCCGAUUUCAAAGAGUAUUAUAUAUAAACUCCUGGACAAAAUUAAUGCAUCACUUUAAUUAAUCUAAAUAUUUACAAUAUGAACACAAAAUAAAAUUACAUUGAAAUAAUAAUAAACACCUACAAAUAAGUCAAACAUGACUUUAUCAUGACCUUACUUUUUGUUUCUUUAAAAAUUUGUUUUUGCCGGAAAUGCGUAACUAAGCUAACAUAACUCCAAAUUGAAAAAAGAAAAAAAUCGUUAAAGUAACGCAAUAAAAUGCAUGUGGGUCAAUACUAAUACCGGGAAGGGCCUCCUCUACUUCUUAUGACUGUAUUUAUGCAUCGAGGCAUGCUUGAUAUCAAAUGCAAAUGUUCAACAAAAGCUUGCGGAAUAUUCUCCCAUUCUUGAAUAACGGCCUAAAUGAGUUGUGUGUGAUUGGCAAUAGGGGGUUUACUACUUCGAAUCUUUUUUUGAGAUAGUCCCAUAGAUGCUCUAUAGCAUUCAUGUCCGGACUGUUAGGUGGCCACUCUAAUAACGAAAUAUCAACAUCAUUUAGGUAGCCAAUAACCUGUCGAGGCACAUGAGAACGAGCGUUGUCUUGCAUGAAUAAAACAUUAGUUCCAAAAAACGGAGCAAAAGGCAUUACAUGUACGACAAUAAUGUUGUCUACGUAUUAAUGGGCAUUCAUAGACCUCGUACGUAUGGGGAUCAACUCCGUACGAGUUUCAAAACAAAUUCCUCCCCAAAAUAUUUUAGAGCCACCACCAAAAGGUACUUUAGGAGAGAUAUGGCAGCUGGCAAACCUUUCUCCUCGCCUUCGCCAGACACGCUUACGACCAUCUGGAGCUUUUAGGCUUACUCUAGUCUCAUCGGAGAAAAGAACUCGUUUCCAAUCAUCGAUGGUCCAAUUUUGAUGCAAUCUUGUACAAUUCAAUCUCUGAACCCUGUGUUCUCUGGUAAGCAAGAGUUUUUUGACCGGUUUUCUGGUUCUCAAUUCUGCUUCAUGUAAACGUCGUCUAACUGUUCGAGACGAUAUCGCGACAUUUCGAACAUCUGCUAAUUCAUUUUUUAGCAAAUUGCUGGUGACUCUCCUAUCUCUUAGAGCACGUCAAAAAAACGAUCAUCAAUUUGAUUAGUGCAACGUUUUCGCCCUUGCCCUGGUCUUCUUCUUCUUUGUCAACCAUUUUCCAUCCACUCCUGAAUGUAGGUCUCUCCCAAUUGCUUCCAUGUUUCUCUAUCUUGCGUCAAUCUAAUCCAUUGUUUGCCUGCCACUGCUCUUAUGUCAUCUACCCAUGUUUUUUGUUGUCGUCAUUGGUCUCCAUUCUAGAAUUCU